GAAAUGACAUUACGGUCACAUAAAACUCAGCCUGUCAUGUCUCCAUGUUUCCUCCUUUGUCUUUUCUUCAUUCCAAGAGGGAGGGGCAGUGUGGUCGAAACUCUGUGGCCGGCGGAGGAAGAAGAGUAGGCGGAGGAGGCACAUGAGGCGGCAGCAAUGGCAUACCAAACCAUGCCGACUGAUAUUGGCAAGCUCAACAGAACCAUUCUCUGCUAUGCCGAAUCCAUUUACAGGUUUAAUGGGCUCUGGGAAGGACCCGACCCAUUAACCCCCCUCAUCUCUCUCUUCCUCAUCCAGCUCACUGUCUCCAUGACCGUCGUCCACCUUCUUGUUUAUGCGCUACAAUUCUUCAACCAGCCACCUUUCGUUGCGGAAGUUCUUGGAGGAAUACUCCUGGGACCUUCUGCGCUGGGUAGAAUAAAAGCAUAUAGAAGGAUGAUGUUCCCAAAUUACUCUUUCAAAGUGUUGGAGCCAAUGGCACAUUUGUCCAUAGCAUAUUACGCAUUUCUAGUGGGAUUGAAGAUGGACGUAAGAGCAGUUAUGCGGACUGGACAAAAGACUAUGAAAGUUGCCAUUGCAGGAACAAUCAUCCCUUUCUUUUUCGGCUCAGGAGUAUACUUCAUUUUCGUAAAUGACAAAUCUGAAACGUUUGGUUUCAUUUUCUGGGGCGCUGCCCUUACUGUCACUGGUUUCUCUGUGCUAAUGAAAAUUCUAGACAGGCAGCAAAUCCUCCACACUGAGAUUGGAAAGACAGCAGUAGCCUCAGCCCUCGUCAAUGAUUUGUGCUCGUGGGGUUUCUUGGCACUUGGAUUUGCAGUAACAAGCUCUCCAACAAACAGUCCCUGGUCACUUAUCAGUACUAUUGCGUUUGUGCUGGUUUGUGUCUACCAUGUCCGACCCGCCCUCAAUUGGAUCAUCCAGAAAACAGAGGUGCAAGGAUACAGCGAGUUCUACAUAUGCUCGAUCCUUACUGGGGUGGCCCUGUCUGGGGUCAUCACCGAUGUAUGUGGAACUCAUCCAAUGAUUGGGGCCUUUAUUUUUGGGCUUGUGAUACCUAAUGAAGUGCUUGAAGCUACGAUCACGGACAAGCUGGAGGACUUUGUGAUGGGAAUUUUGAUGCCUGUCUACUUUGUUGUGUGUGGGGUGAGAACCAACAUUGAUGUCAUAUCGUACAACACCUCUUGGUGGCUAGCGGGGGUUGUUAUAGUUUUAGCCUGCAGCGUGAAGGUAUUCAGCACUCUUAUCAUCGCCCCUUUUGCUGAACUACCAAUCAGUGAUGCAUUCGCAGUCGGAUUGUUGAGCAAUGCCAAGAGCAUCAUGGUGUUGAUCAUUCUUGAAGCUGGCCAGAUACAAGGGGUCUUGAGCACACAGACUUACUCAUUGAUGGUGGUGGCAGUCCUGGUAAUGACAAUGGUCGUCACGCCCGCAGCAAUCUGGUUCCGUCCCGAGCAGAAUACAGAACCGUACAAGCGCCGGACGGUGCAGAAAGCUAAAUCAGAUGACGAGUUUCGGGUCCUUGCAUGCAUCUACAAUACACGGAAUGUCCCCACCAUCAUCAACCUCCUCAGGACUUCCAAUGCCAGCCCAAGAUCCCCAAUAAAUGUAUUCGCCCUCCAGCUAGUUGAGCUCGUGGGGCGUGCCACCAGCAUGAUGGUGGUCCACGAGCCUCGCUCCGCAGGCCCAAGGAACCCCAGCCACAUAGAGGCUCAAACAGACCAGAUUAUUGCCGCUUUUGACAACUAUGAGCUUCGAUCAGAAGGCGUCCAGACACAGGCAGUCACUGCCAGGUGCACCUACACCGCCAUGGCCAAUGAAAUCUGCAUCUUUGCCAGGGAGAAGCGGUCAGCGUUCAUAAUCAUCCCAUUCCACAAGCUGCGAACUCUAGAUGGGGAAAUGAUAGACAUUAAUCCCUCCCUCCAGUGUGUUAAUGAAGGCGUACUCGAAGAUGCAUCUUGUUCUGUGGGAAUACUGAUUGACAGAGGGUUUGCCGAGUCACAUGAUCAUGCAUCAAACAUUGUUGUCUUGUACUUCGGAGGCCCCGACGACCGGGAGGCAUUGGCUUAUGCAUGGAGGAUGGCUGAAAAUCCAGAUGUCAGACUAACAGUGCUAAGGUUCAUUCCAAGCACAGAUGCAUUGGAACUGAACCCUGUGGAACAGGAACCGACUGAUAAGAACCAUUUGAGUGUUGAAAUCGACAAGGACAGCGAAAUACUGCUGGAUGAUGAUUACCUGGGCAAGUUCAAGAUUACAACCAUGAAUAAUAAAUCAAUAAGCUACUGUGAGUUGGUGCUGAAUGACGAGGAAGAAACAAUUAAAGCCAUAAAAUCAAUGGAUGAACAGAAGUAUGAUCUUUACCUAGUAGGGAGAGGAAGAGGCAUGACUUCGCCGCUGACAUCAGGACUAGCCGACUGGUGCGACUGCCCGGAGCUGGGCCCAAUUGGUGAUCUUUUGGUGACAUCAGAAUUUGAGUCUUUAUUUUCGGUGCUCGUAGUGCAGCAAUACGAUAACAUAAAUAAGAUGAAGGAAGGAUCGAUAAGGUCUGCAAGCUCAGUGAACUACGGCGAGGAGUUCGCAACGAGACCGUCUGUGUCUGAGAGUGAGGGCUUUGAAUCUUUUAGUAGUUUCAAGAAGUGGGAUCCUGACAAUUGAUUAAUGCUUAUGACAGAACAUCAGGCUCAAUCUCCUCAAGCUUGCCUAGAGUAUUCACUCAUGUAUUGCCAAGCACAUCAACACAUAAAAUUAUAAAUCAGGCUUCAGGAUUCAAAGCAACACCCUAAUCAGCUCAGCUGCUUGAGAAUUCUUGCAAAAUCUUAAUGUGAUCACAAGUUAAUAUUACAGUGAAUCACUUCAGUCCCCAAAAAAACCACCAAGCGUAUGAUUCAUCAGACAGAUAAAUCAGCGCACUGUGGGGUAUAAUAGGCUAUUGCAGGGAGUUUGACAGUAAAAUUUGUUGCUGUUGAAGAUGUACAAUAACCAGAUUUUUUGCACUGUUCUUUUACAGUUCCCUCAGGAUAUCCUGUUCUUCAAAUCAGAAAAUCUUUAUUGUACAUUUUUGAGGAAUUUUUCAUAUAUAAAUUGUGUACUAAAAGUCACAAAAUACUACAAACGAAUAUGUAAUUUUGGCUCUGUA